GAAUCCCACAUGGUCGGCUGUUGAUGUACAAGAAGCAUGCCUACUGUAACUCUAGAAUCACAGAAAAACGGCACCAUGAGUAAAGCUAAAGUAAAGAGUGCGAAGAAAAGAGCUGCUGAAGAGGACAAUGACCAGCUUCCCAUAUUUGACAAAGACGUCACUGAGAAGGCUGGGGAAGAAGGAGAUGAGGACCUCUCAGAUAGCGAGGAGAGUGUGUUCUCAGGACUGGAGGACUCUGGGAGUGACAUUGAUGAAGAAGAAGAGGAUGAUGGGGACGACGAAGAGGAGGAGGAGGAUGAUGAUGAUGCUGUUGUCAUACUAGAUGAAAAUCUGAAAAAUAGCAGUGGUGCUGAAACAUCUGCUGAACCAGCUGAGCCUAAGCAGCAAGGCAAAAAAACUGCAUCAAAGGAGAAGAGGAAGAUGAAGAAAGGCAAGGGAGGCGCCAUUGAUGGCAGAGGAGAGAAGGGACUGACCACCACCUUCCAGGGAUUGUCCACCGCCCAGCCGGGGGACGAGUAUGAACACGACACCUCCGAUGAAGAGGACAUUCGUAACACGGUGGGCAACGUUCCCAUGGAGUGGUACCAGGACUACCCUCACAUCGGCUAUAACCUGGACGGGAAGAAGAUCUUUAAGCCCAUCAGGAACAAAGACGAGCUGGAUGAGUUCCUGGACAAGAUGGAGAACCCAGACUACUGGCGUACGGUUCAUGACAAGACGACAGCCUCAGACAUUCGUCUGACAGACGAGCAGGUGGACCUGGUGCACCGCCUCCAGAAGGGUCAAUUUGGCGACGUCAACUUCAACGAGUACGAGCCGUCCGUGGACUUCUUCACCAACGAGGUCAUGAUCCAUCCGGUGACCAACAGGCCCCAGGACAAACGCAGCUUCAUCCCCUCACUCAUAGAGAAGGCGAAGGUUUCGAAGCUGGUCCAUGCCAUAAAGAUGGGUUGGAUCAAGCCCCGUAAGCCCAAAGAGACCACCCCUCAGUACUACGACCUGUGGGCCAAGGAGGACCCCAACGCCAUACUGGGGCGCCACAAGAUGCACGUCCCCGCCCCCAAGAUGAGGCUGCCCGGACACGAGGAGUCCUACAACCCUCCGCCUGAGUACCUGCUCACAGAGGAAGAGAGACUGGUGUGGGAGCAGCAGGAUGCAGAAGACAGGAAGCUCCCGUUCCUCCCCCAGAAACACUCCUGUCUGAGGGCCGUGCCCGCCUUCUCCCGUUUCAUCCACGAGCGCUUCGAACGCUGCCUUGACCUUUACCUGUGUCCCCGCCAGCGCAAGAUGAGGGUGAAUGUGAAUCCAGAAGAUCUGAUCCCCAAGCUGCCCAAACCCAAGGACCUGCAGCCCUUCCCCACCACUAUGUCUCUGGUGUACCGUGGCCACACCAGUCUGGUGCGCUCCAUCAGUGCGUCUCCCACCGGCCAGUGGCUGGUCUCAGGCUCAGACGAUUUCACGGUGCGCUUCUGGGAGGUCAACACAGGGCGCUGCAUGAAGACUCUGGAGGUGGGCGGAGCUGUGAAGAGCGUGGCGUGGAACCCCAACCCGGCAGUCUGCCUUGUGGCUGUGUGCUUUGAGCGUACAGUGCUGCUGUUGAACCCAUCUUUGGGAGACAGGCUGGUGGUGAGCUCCACAGACCAGCUGAUCACCGCCUACGAGCCCCCAGAGGAGGACAAGGAGCAGGCCGUCACCUGGGCUCUGUCUGAAGGCCUGGAGCACAACAAGGGACACCGCCUUACCCUCACCCACCCCAAAGCAGUAAAGCAGGUAGUUUGGCACGGUAAGGGUGACUACCUGUCCAGCAUCAUGCCUGACAACAGCAGCAACCUGCAGGUGCUGAUCCACCAGGUGAGCAAGCGGCGGACGCAGAACCCCUUCCGCAAGAACAAGGGCCUGGUGCAGUGCGUCUCCUUCCACCCGCUGCGGCCCUACUUCUUCGUGGCCACGCAGCGCUACGUGCGCGUCUACAACCUCAUCAAGCAAGAGCUGACCAAAAAGCUGAUGACCAACUGCAAGUGGAUCUCCAGCAUGGCCAUUCACCCUGGAGGUGAUAACUUGAUCUGUGGCAGCUAUGACUGCAGACUGGCCUGGUUUGAUCUGGACCUCUCUACCAAACCGUACAAGAUGCUGCGGCACCACAAGAAGGCCUUGAGGGGCGUGGCUUAUCACAGGAACUACCCCCUAUUCGCCUCUGGUGCUGAUGACGGCAGCGUGAUCGUCUGCCACGGCAUGGUCUACAAUGACCUGCUCCAGAAUCCUCUCAUUGUACCAGUCAAGGUACUGAAGGGUCACCAGAUCACCAAUGAUCUGGGGGUCCUAGACGUGACCUUCCACCCCACCCAGCCCUGGGUCUUCUCCUCGGGGGCUGACACCACCAUCCGCCUCUUCACCUAAACCACCUUGGUCACAUCUCAAAUCACACACUAUUCCCUAUCUAGUGCACUACUUUUGACCAGAGCAGUUUGACAAAAGCAGUGCACUACAGUAUAUAGGGAUACCUUUUUAUCUCAAAUGACAUGCUAUUCCCUAUAUAGUGCACUACUUUUGACCAGAGCAGUUUGACCAAAGUGGUGCACUAUAUAGGGAAUAUGGAUACCUUGGUUACAUUUCAAAUGGCACCCUAUUCCCUGUAUAGUGCACUACUUUUGACCAGAGCAGUUUGACCAAAGUGGUCCACUAUAUAGGGAAUAUGGAUACCUUGGUUACAUUUCAAAUGGCACCCUAUUCCCUGUACAGUGCACUACUUUUGACCAGAGCCCACAUAGGGCUAUAUCUGAGCAAUAUGUGUACUGUAUUUAAGACACUUCCCAGUCUCCUCCCAUGUCCUCUGACAGCUAUCCCUGACGGAAUAAUCACAUCAAGUGCCUGACAUCAUGUAUAUUAUCCUCAUGUUUAGUACUUUUUCCAGGCUAAGAGAACAUCGACCACACAGCCAUAAUCUCUUUCUCUCCUCAGUGAAACUGAGACAGUAAAAAUAUGUUUGGUUUCAAACGGCACCUCAAAUCUGGCCUGGGCAGGAAAACCCAUUUCCGUCUACGUUGCUGUUCUGUGCAGCUGACCUCAUAGCAGCGCAUUCGAGUCAAACCACUAAUGCUUGGACACUUCAGACAGCCCCCGUGACAAAAUAUACUGUAUGUUCAGAGAUUAAGCUUGCCAAUAGAAACAAUAGAACAAAGAUGUUGUGAGCCCCCAGAAGGCCCCUGUCAGCCCCUGUCCUAGAAGGAUAUGUGUAAUUAUAUCGGCCUCUCUUUGUGUAUGCAACCAAAGUCAUGUCCAGUUGAGGUUCUGCAGGACUUGUUCCGAUCACAAACACUAUGUAUGGCGAUGUGUGAUCCCUUUUUUUUUUAAAUCUUCUGACUCCUUUUCUCGACAACUUUGUCAGUCUGCUCCAAGUAUUUCUUUUGAAUGAAAACGGGUGUUCCCUGAAGCGGUUGAUGCAUGUGUGUUUUGUUUGGGUCUCACUCUUCUCUUUUGCAUCGGUGGCCGGGGGGUCAAGAAGGGUGAACUCAAAACCUCUGAAAUAUAUGCAACCAGGGACGUGGAAGUGGGUUUCCUUUUCCUUUGCUCGUCAACUCAGCCCCAGACGAGAUUCUUCAGAAAGCGGUGGAUUAUAUAUCAUUCUCUGUCAAGACGAGGCAAAGCCGUGGUGUACGACACUGUACACCUGUGGCUCCCUCCCUCUCUCACAUCGCUGUAUCAUUGCCUUUGUCCCAGAUGGCAAUGCAGUGCACUGCGUUUGGGCAGGGCUCUGUUCGAAACUAGUGCCGAAGACAGUCUGUCGGUCAGUCUCUAGCUAUGGUCAAAAUCUGAAAAUAUUGUGAAUGAAAUUGACUCUGGCAAACAAAUGUACUAAAUUUGAGGUCUAUAUAUUAUUUUUUGUCAUUUUGAGGUUUUCUUGAAAGCAAUGUUAUUCAAUGUAGAUCACAACAGUGACCAUGAGGGAACUAAGAAAUAUACAGUUCAGCUGACUGAUACGUAUGUUCUAAAUAUUAGUAUAUGUAUGUUAGAGCCUCGAAAUGUGUACCUCAACUGUUAAUCGUCUCAACUGUUGAAAUGUUUUGUUGUUUAUUACAAUGUAUGCCAAUGAAUCAAAUGCCAGGUCAUUUAUAAAUUAGCGUUUCUAGCCGCUAAAACUAGAUUUCCUCUUUGCUGAUCAGUUCGUUGUGAAUAUCCUCUCUUCCUGGUAUGUAGGUCAGAUUUCCAGGAUUGAUUUGUCCAAGAUCCUGUACAGACGUUAAUGAUGUCAUUGGCCGAUAGAUGCUAAUAGUGAAAGAGUUGAUUGAUCCAUAUGGUUUUUAACACACCUGGCAUAUUCAACAUGAGAAGUAGGCCUGACGAUGUGUUUUAGGAAUACAAUGCAAUUUGUUUCACUUCAAGCCGCUCUUCUACGUUAGCUCUGACUGAUGGCAGUUUGUUUCAUCACAAACACCAUGUAUACAUGUAGAAUGACUCAGCUGCUCUUGAAAUCAACUUUCAAUUGGGUCAAAAUGUAAAUAAAUAAAAGCCAACUACUUUAAACCACA